GGGCGGGCAGCGCAGAAUAAUCAGAGACAGUAGGCAGGAUGGGUGGGGAGCACUGAGUCAGAGUCAGCUUACAUGGUAGCGCUGCGCUGGAUAGAUCUGGCGUAUUGUCUUUUUCUGUGGCUUUAAAUACUUUUUUUGGAGCCGCUCUCUCUCUUUUCUCUCUCUCUCUCUCUGUCUUUAUUUUUCUUGAUUUAUCCCAUUCUCUUCUCUUCUACUUUCCUAUCCUUUCUUUUCUCAAAGCCUCCUUUCUAUCCCCUCUAAGCUGGCAUGGCUGUCCUUCUGCAACUCUUGCCUCUCGCCGAAAGCUGCAUGUGUGACCACGUGGAGUUUGUUACACGAUCACAACCAUCCUCAUGUAGAUCCACUCUAAGAUCACAGAGAACAACAAGACCUACAAAUGUCUAUGCAUCGAAAAGAUGUAAACUUGUUUACUAUGUUUGUUUGCUAAAUUUCUGUAAAUCUUUGAAAAUGUGUGUUCUGUGAUGUGUUGAUUGUGUUAUUCUCUCUGAGCUCUUAUACCACAGCUUUACAGUCAGUUCAAUUGGACUUUUAAUAGUAUUUUCACACUAUUAGGCAGACUCGAACCGUACUGUGCUGGCUUGGAUAUUUUAAUUUCACAUUAACCUUUCCAGCAUGGUUUCAACAACUAUGAUGAAUGUCUAAACCAAGGCAGCUUGGCUUGGCUCCGUAGUGUGAAUCAACCCUGAUUGACCUUUGACCUCUUUGUAUUUUAGGAGCGGAUGCACUUUGAGAGUUUGAGUCAGCACCUGGGCAAACUGGGAGAAGAUGGAAAGAUGGGCCACAGGGUCAUUGACCUCACCAGACCUGAGGAUCUUGAUGGUGGGUUUCGUCUGUCUCUCUCUUUCUUUCUUUCUUUCUUUCUUUCUUUCUUUCUUUCUUUCUUUCUUUCUUUCUUUCUUUCUUUCUUUCUUUCUUUCUUUCUUUCUUUCUUUCUUUCUUUCUUUCUAAAUUUCUAAAUUUCUAAAUGUCUAAAUUUCUAAAUGUCUACAUUUCUAAAUUUCUGAUUGUCUUCAUACACAACUAUCUCUUUCAGUUCUCCAUACUUUUAUGUAAGUGCAUUCUGUUGAUGUUUAUGACUGUGUGCUUACGACCUGUGUCUAUACGGCUAGGUGCAUAAUAGUAGGAAAACAGAGAAGAGAGAGGUCAGAUGGAUAUUUAUAAAACGGUAACAUAGCUGCAGGAAGUAGGGGUACUGAAGGUGCUUCAGCAGCCCCUGAAAAAUCACAAUAAAAAUCAUAAUAAUAAUGUACAGUGUAUAUAUAUUAUUUUCGUUUUUUAUAUAUAUAUAUUUUUUUUUCUCACAAAAGUAGUGCACUGGGCCUUUAAUAGUCCUGUAUUAGCGGACAUAUAUAGCCGUCUGCAGCGCAGGCAAAGACCCCCCUCCCCUGUCGAAGAAAAAAAUUGCGGCUAUGGACAGUAGAAGAGUUUUGAGGUAAAAGUGGGCGCAUCCUGCUCAGGCUAAAUGGAUGCCAGUGACCCUUCACUUCAGGCCCUUGGUUGGGUGGCGGCACUUUUUUGGGCCUUUUUCAGCUGCGUUCCCUAUAGUAGAGACACAGACAGAGAGUUUGCUCUGCACACAGGUAUUCACCAGACACAAAUAUGUAUUGUGUUCCUCUCGGAACGCCUCAGAAGUGGACACUUGACAGUCCAAGCAAAAUGUUCUCCAAACCCCUGCCUUGCACUUAAAGCGGCAAUCAGCAGUUGAAACAAUAACAAAACAUAAUCUCCACCACGGUUUCACUAAAAAGCUGAGGGAUAGGGCUGGAGAAAUGUAACCAUUGAUAGACAGAGCUAUGGAUGCAAGGACUGACCAUCCAUAAUAUAAAAACUACAGUUUUAACAAUGUUUUGAGGCUAUACAGUGUUUGUUUACAUUUACUUUGUUUACAAACAUCGGAGUAAAACAAGCUUAUAUUUUGGGUUCUGAUGGGGUACGACAGUUGAACUAAGCUCAUGAGGCAUUUAUAAGUUAUAUUAGUUUAGAAUCAUUGGGUACAUAUCAUUCAUUUAAAAGUCAAAAAAGUGAUGUAGCAACUUCAGAUAGCCCCUUUAAAGGCCCACUCUAUGAUAUUUACAGCCGUUUCUGAUAAUUUAAGGCCUAGUGAGCUUUGUUCAAUAACCCCAUCACAAUCCCUCAGCUAAAUACAAAUAAAGUGGCAGGGUUUCCGUUUUGUUGUUUUUCAAAUGAAGGACUUAGGUCUACGGGGGAACAAGAAACAUUAUUCUAGAUUCUCCCCCUCUUUCCAACCCACAAGCACUGUUUGUGUCUCAGACAAUUCCACCCUGCCGAAGUAUGCAAGCAGAAGCAAGGCAGUUAAAACAGAUUGGGGACUUUUCUCUUUUCCAGCCCAGAAGCCCACCUGUUUUCCAUAAAACCCCAGUGUUUACAGGCUACGGUGGAUUGGGAAGCAUUCGUCACGCUGUAGCUUGAAAUCAGAGCUGUAAAUACAAGAACAUAAAUGGAGAUCUUAUCUGGCUGAUAAUCGUAGCGUCGUCCCCGCUCUUGGACAUACUGUGCAGUACAUGUACUUGUGACAUUUUGUGGCUUAACAGGUCUUUGCACAAACGAGUGAGCGAUUGAGUAAGUAAUGCAAUGUCCCUCCCUUCCCACAGGUGGUGCCAGCACUACGGAAGCACGGGUCUUCAGGGAGGCCAGGGGCAGGAACAGUACCGAGCCCCACAUCAAGAGGCCCAUGAAUGCCUUCAUGGUGUGGGCCAAGGAUGAGAGGAGGAAGAUCCUGCAAACCUUCCCCGACAUGCAUAACUCCAACAUCAGCAAGAUCCUGGGUAAGAUAACCUCUUUUGUGCAGAGCCGUGGUGUAGUGGUAAUACACCCCGGCAUGUCGCAUAUAAAACUCCCCACUGGCUUCCAGGUUUCAAUCCUUGCGUCCAUCCUUCUCACUGUUUCUCCCACUUGCCUGUCUCCCCCUCUAAUUUCCUAACUGUCUUUAAGGGAUACUUCGGGAUUUUGGCAAUGAGGCCCUUUAUCUACUUCCCCAGAGUCAGACAAACCUAUGGAUAUCAAUUGUAUGUCUUUGUUUCCAGUAUGAAGGAAGUUAGAGGUACUUUCGUGAGCGUUAAUGACUGGAAGUCUAUGGGUAUCUGCUAGCAUGCUAGUUAGCAAUUGUGGUAGCGCUAGUUAGCAACUUCCCUCAAACUGCACUCAGAGACGUAAAGAUGGUAUCCACGAGUUCAUCUGAUUCUGGGGAACUACAUAAAGGUCCUCAUUGCCAAAAUAAUGAAGUAUCCCUUUAAUAAAGUGUAAAAAACACAUAACAAUAUACAAAUAUAUAUUUUUAAAGAUGGCAUCCAUACACUGUGGCCUUGUUAUGGUCAUACAGGGCCUUUCAUUUACAAAAAUUAAGCGUAUUGAUUUACCACAGACAGCAAUUUAGUGGUUUUGAGUGUGAAAACAUAGCAAAUCACCCCAGACUGGGACACGGUCCGGUAGGGCUUCCGAACAAGUGGUGUAUAGUUAACAAAUACUCAGGAUGUGACCCAAUAGUCACGGUUGGGUAGGUUACUUUUUUGUGAUAUCCAAUUGCGAUCCAAUUACGAUCUUGUCUCAUCGCUGCAACAUCCCAACAGGCUCGGGAGAGGCGAAGGUCGAGUCAUGUGUCCUCCGAAACAUGACCCGCCAAGCCGCGGUUCUUAACACCCGCCCGCUUAACCCGGAAGCCAGCUGCACCAAUGUGUCUGAGGAAACACAGUUCAACUGACAACCGAAGUCAGCCUGCAGGCACCCGGCCCGCCACAACGAGUCACUAGAGCGCGAUGAGCCAAGUAAAGGCCCCCCGGCCAAACCCUCCCCUAACCCGGACGAUGCUGGGUAAAUUGUGCGCCGCCCCUAUGGGACUCAGUUACUUUCUAAAUGUAAUCCGUUACAGUUACUAGUUACCUGUCCAAAAUUGUAAUCAGUAACGUAACUUUUGGAUUACCCAAACUCAGUAACGUAAUCAGUUACUUUUAGAUUACUUUCCCCUUAAGAGGCGCAGGUUAGCAUUUUUUGUCUUGAAUCUUGUUGAGGCAGCUCUGCAGAGUGGUCACUAGCUGGCACAGCCACAAAGUCAUAAAAUCCGAUUUUAACCCUAACCUUAAAUUAAGACCAGAAAGCUAAUUCUUGUUUUAAUUAAUAUUUACAAUAUAGUCAAUUUUGCCUUUACAGAUGGCCCAUCUAGCGGAAAUCGCUCAGUUCUACCUGAAAGACAACACUCAUCCCAAUAAACGUCAACCUGCUUAAGAGGCAUUAAAAGAAGACAAAAAUGAAUAUUACCAACUGAACGACAUCUAUUGCAUGAUAAAUCAAUGUUAGAGUUUACAUAGCUGGCCAUAAAUAGAUGUUGCAUUUUACUUUAUGGGUUGGUUAUGUAUGGUUAUGUAUGCAUGUUCUAACCCAUUUCUACUACAUAUAAUAAUAUGAUUAAGCCAUGAUUAGGCUAUAUUUUUACAUUAAAAAACAACUGUCUGUCAGAUUUCCAGUCAUUCAAAUUAUUUAGUAUCCCUUGAUCUUCAAGAAUAGGACUUGGAAAUAUGGAAAUAUAGAUUAGUCUAAUUGUUUGGUAUUGUUAUUUAAUAUUGGUAUUUAUUAGGAUCCCCAUUAGCCAUUGCAAAAGCAGCAGCUACUCUUUCUGGGGUCCACAUGAAACAUGACAUAAUACAUAGUACAGAACAUUAUUAGUCAAGGACUUAACUACAUACAUUUUAAACGUCACACAUAGCCUACAUAUCAGUACAUACACACAAUAUCUAGGUCUAAUACAUAGUACAGUGCAAAUUACAAGACAAGAUAUAUAAAAUGUCUGUGUCUCUUCACUGUCCCCUUUGUCCAGUAAGGUGUUCUUUUAUCUGGGGUUUUUUCUGGUUUUAUUGCUAGCUUGAGUUAUGUGGUGUGGCAGAGAGUUCCAUGUAGUCAUGGCUCUAUUUAAUACUGUGCAUUUCCCAGCCUCUGUUCUAGACCUGGGGACUGUGAAGAGAGCUCUGGUUGCAUUUCUUGUGUUGUACCGAUGAGUGUCCGAACUGUGUGCCAACUGCUUGAACAGACAGUUCGGUACCUUUAACACACCAAUACCUCGUACAAAGACCAAUAGUGAUGCAGUCAAUCUCUCCUCAACUUUGAGCCAGGAGAGACUGACAUGCAUGUUACUUACACUUAACUAUCGUGUACAUCUAAGUGUGAUACCUGCUGCUUUUGUUCUGGACCAACUGCAAUUUACCUAUGCACUUCUUUGCCGCACAUGACCACACAGCUGGGCAGUAGUAUAGGUGCAACAAAACUAUUAAGGCCUGUAGGAACUGUCUGGUCGACUGCAAUGUCAAGAAGACAGAGCAAUGCCCUAUCAUGGACAGAACUAUUCCCAUUUUAGCAACCAUUGAGUCUAUAUGUUUUGACCAUGGCAGCUUGCUAUCUAGUGUUACACCCAGCAGUUUAGUCUCCUCAACUUGCUCAAUAGACACAUUAUUCAAUAAUAGAACUAAACGAGGUUUAGCGUUGAGCGAGUGAUUUGUCCCAAAUAUGAUGCUUUUCGUUUUUGAGAUACUUAGCUCUAUGUUAAGGGUGUCCGUUAUUUAUUUUACUGUUGCAGCCGACUUGUAUACUGUUGAGUCGUCAGCGUACAUAGACACAAAGGCUUUAUUUAAGGUCAGUGGAAGGUCAUUUGUAAAAACAGAAAACAAUAAUGGCCCUAGCCGACUGCCCUGCGGUACACCACACUCAACUGAAUUUGCAUGAGAGAGGCUUCCAUUAACGAAAACCCUCUGUGUUCUAUUAGAUAGGUAACUCUCAAUCCACAAUAAGGCAUAGGAUGCAAAUCCAUAACACCUACAUUUUUUCAGCAAUAGGUUAUGAUCAAUGAGCUGCACUGAAGUCUAACAGAACAGCUCCCAAUCUUCUUACUAUCAAUUUCUUUCAGCCAAUAAUCAGUCAUUUGUGUCAGUGCUGAGCAUAUUGAGUGCCCUUCCCUUUAAGCAUGCUGAAAGUCUUGUUAAUUUAUUUUCUGUAAAUUAACUUUGUAGUUGAUCAAACACCAUUUUUUUUCAAAGGUUUGCUAAGCACUUGUACAACAGGCUGAUUGGUCGGCUACUUGAACCAUUAAAGGAUGCUCUGCUAUUCUUGGGUAGUUGAAUUACCUUUGCCUCCCUCCAUGUCUGAGGGCACACACCGUCUUCUAGGCUGAGCAUAACCCAAAAACGAAGGACUAAUUAGCCUACUCUGUUGUUUAUUAUCUUGUUGUCAUGGAGGACUGAUUGGGCUCAUUGCUUCCAGUUGAAAAAUAAAUGCUGCUAUUGGAAUGGUAUGCUUUGUAGGUCUAUCAAAAGUAUGCGAGUUUGAGAAUGUCUGUUAGGCCUAUGGAUUAUUUAUCUUUUAUAAUCAGUAUGAAUUAGAUUGCGCAAUAAAAGCCCCACUCAUGGUGGUUAAAUUAAACUAGUUUUUGACAGGAUGGAGCACAACACCACGGGGGAGUUUAAAAGGGAGGAACUCCCUCAAACUUUUAUUCUAUAGGCUGGCAUCUGCACUAUCCAGCUGUUGCAAGAGUGCAUUUUAUACUGGCUGUCCACUGGGGCAUAUUCAUUACACCGAUUCUGUUGCAAAACGUUUCUUAAACGGAAGCAAACAGAAAGAAACGGGGAGGGACGUACCUGGAUUUGUCCAAUAGGAACUGUUGUUUUGCUCUGCUUCCGUUUGGUUCUUAAACGGUAAACGGUUUCCUUAAUGAAAUUGUUGAUGGCCCCAUAAAUAGAUAAGAUGGUGGCCCAUUAACUAGAUAAGAUGGUGGCCCAUUUAUAUAGAUAAGAUGGUGGCCCAUUAAAUAGAUAAGAUGGUGGCCCAUUAAAUAGAUGGUGUGUAGGCAUGCUCUUUUAUAGAGGUAACUGUGCACACUGUGUGCUUAUGAAACAGAAACAGACAGUUUUACUAAUACCCCACAUCUCCAAAAUAUUGUUAAUCGGUCAACUACCAAUCGAUCGAUGAAUCAAUCAAUUAAUCUGACCUUAUUUAAUUCAAUCUUAUUUAAUCAUUCAAACACUAUAUUUGAAUAAAUUAUAUAUUUUCCUUACAAAAUUCAGUAUUCACAUAGAACUCUCUUUCUCACACACACACACACUGCACUGAGACCCCGACUGGGGUGAUGGAUGUGUGCAGUGAAAAGUGCUUCUUGUGUUGAUACUAGCUAGCUAACUGACACAGAUAGCUAUUCACAGAGCACUAAACUUUGCUGUACACAGAAUGGCUGAAGGGCUCCACUGUCUUGUGACUCGAGUCCUAGCUGCAUCCCAAAUGGCACCCUAUUUCAUACAGUAUAUAGUGCACGACUUUUGACCAGGGACCAUAUUCCUAAAUAGGGAAUAUGGUGCUAUUUGGGACACAGCCCUUAUAGUUCAUAGACUGAAUGAAAUUGGAAUGUUGCUUGGCAACGUGUAGGAGCUGGUUUUUAGAAGGGGGACUAUGUGCCUGGUCUUUAGGUGCAGCUUUGUAUAUACUUAGAGGGAAAAUAGUUUUCUGUCGUGUAUUGGUGUUCUACUGUUUGGCUUUGAGCAAACGGUGUUAAGUGACUUUGCUCGCUAUUUUAGAGGCAAACUGAACGCUGAAAUAAAGAAAUACAAUCUUAGCUCUUUUCUCAUCCAUAGACCAGUGUUCAAUAUCACCGAAGUUAUCAUUCUAAAGAAUUAGAUAGUUCAAACCUCAUCACUCGAAGUUGGGGUCAAAAAUUGAGGGUCUCCACCCAAUCAGGUGGAGACAGAACAUUCCGGAUAUUUACCUAGCUAGCGGUUUGUUUUUUGGCAACACCAGGGAAAUGCCCGACCUGAGAGGCGAUCAGGAGAGGAUGGAGUGUGUGCUGCCCAGACAAUAACACAGCUGGAGACGUGGGACAUGAUGAAAAAAAGGAGUGUCCUCACUGUUUCCUGUUUCCUUAGUUAAAAAAUAAGGGAGUCUCGAUAAACGUUGGUAAACAGAUUCCUGGGCGGCAUCCCAAAUGGCACCCCAAUCGCUAUAUAGUGCACUACUUUUGACCAGAGCCCUACGGACCUUGGUCAAAAGUAGUGCACUAAAUAGGGAAUAGGGUGCGAUUUGGGACGCAGUCCUGGAUUCCUCUCUGUGUGUGUCCUAUCUGCGGUGUGUAUAAUGGCUUGUCAGAAAGCAGAUGUGCUCCAUUCCUGCGGUAACGGACCUGUCCACUUGUUCUGUCAGCUGGGUGCUUAUAGGAGAGACAUGUUGAGAACACAAUGUAUCAGAGAUCCAGUGCCAAUCCUUAAGACUGUUUUCAAACUAGUAGAUUAUCUUAUUAGAGGCUCCUACCUGAAGAGAUGUCCUGCUAUGAUAGAAGUAAGACAGUAUACAUUUAGUGCAGUGGAGGUGCUGACACAUACAAUUCAAUGGCUAAAUUAACCACAUUAUAAGAACAUAAAUAAUCAAUUUACAGAACAUUGUAAUCCACUAAAUGGUGAAAAAAUACCUAUUUACAGGACCAAACUGGACAAACUUUGACUCCAAUAUACUCUACAAACACCAAUACCCUCAUGCUGUCUUUGAGUGUGUGCGCGUGUGUGUGUGAACAUGUGUGCACGCAUGUGUGUGUGUGUGAACAUGUGAGUGUGUUUGUGUGUGUGCGUGCGUCUUUACACUGUAGUUUGUGUUUCAACCCUGACUCUUGGUGCGUGUGUCCUGUUAUUUUACAUUUACAUGUUAGUCAUUUAGCAGACGCUCUUAUCCAGAGCGACUUACAGUUAGUGAGUGCAUACAUUUUUGUGUACAGGCUCUCGCUGGAAGUCCAUGAGCAACCAGGAGAAGCAGCCAUACUACGAGGAACAGGCCCGUCUCAGUAGGAACCACCUGGAAAAGUACCCCAACUACAAGUACAAGCCCCGGCCGAAGAGGACCUGCAUCAUCGACGGGAAGAAGCUGCGCAUCGGGGAGUACAAGCAGAUGAUGCGCUCGCGGCGCCAGGAGAUGAGGCAGUUCUUCAGUGUGGGGUAAGAAGAGAGAGACACUCCAACUUAUCUACUGGGAUACACUUUUUAGGCUAACUGGUAGUGUACUUAAAGGGACAUUACACUCCAAAGUCCAAGUGUGUCAGAUGUUUUCAAACCUCAAAAUGGUCUUCUGUUGACAUAAAGCCAUGUCCUAGGUCAUCGGUUUUGUAGAUUCAGCUCUAUGCCACAAUCCAAAAUGGAAAAAGAUAAGCACCAUGUAAUUUCAAAAUGUCCAUAACAAAGAGAUGUUGUUCACUCAUUUGAAUAUAGCAGGAAAAACACAACCAAUGUAGUGGUACGUGGAUUCAUCUUGACAUUAGACUUAUUUUGAAGUCAGAAAACUGUUUGGAGUGUAAUUACCCUUUAAAGCAGCAAUCAGCAGCUCAAAUUAUACAAAGUAUUCUCCACGCCCCUGUUUUAGAUAAAAAGCUGACGGACGGGGCUGGACAAAGUUUGUAACCACUCUCAAAUUCAUAGACAGAGCUAUGGAUGUAAGGACUGACCAUCCAUGAUAUCAAAAUUAUAGUUUUAACCAUGUUUUGAGGCUGUAUAGUGUUUGUUUACAUUUACUUUGUUUACAAACAUUGGAGUAAAACAAGCUUAUAUUUUGGGUUCUGAUGGGGUACGACAGUUGAACUAAGCUGAUGAGGCAUUUAUUAGUUAUAUUCUUCAAGAAUCAAUGGGUACAUAUCAUUCAUUUAUAAGUCCAAAAGUGGAUGUAGCAAUUGCACAUUCCCCCUUUUAAUACUAAGUUUAAAGGGAUAAGCAAACAGUGAUCCUGGGAUCAACAAUCCCUUAAAAAAAAUGUCAUGGACUGCUCACAUUUUCGGAUGGUACACUUAAAUCAACUGGUCCUAAUCAUUUUGUUAAGGGAAGUUGUUCUUUGUUUGGCUAAUUCCCACUGUACCAAGUACUGACUCUGAUUUGGACUAUGUCCCUCAAGCAAUAGUGCUGAGCUAUGAGCUGAAUCAGUAAUCCAAACUACUAGUUUAACGAUAAUGAGGUCAUUAUGCUUUUCUCAUCCUCUCAUGUCAAACUGAAGGCAACGCUGAGAACAAGGUAGUGUCACAAAUUGCACCCUAUUCCCUAAAUAGAGCACUAGUUUUGACCAGAGCUCUAUGGGCCCUGGUUGAAAGUAGUGUGCUUUAUAGGGAAAAGGGUGCCAUUUCGGACUCAGACGAAACCAGUGGCUUGGUCUUAAUAGAAAACAGGCAUUGAUGUGUUUUAAGUCAUCACGGCGAGCCUCAUUUCAAUGGAUUUACCAGGGGCACAGCUUUGAAUUGGAACGAUUUUUAAUAGUUGUCAUUUAUUAAAUUAGGACAAUGGCGGGCGCUUGUGGGCGGUAGAAAUUGGACACAGACAUUACACUAGCAAGAUAUAAAACGUAAGCAGAUGUUUGAGAGAGCGAGCGAGAGAGAGAGAACGUUAAGAAACAAUGUUCUUCUGUGGGAAUUUCAGUACUUCAGCAUAACGUUUCCUUCAGGUUUCCAUCUAAAGUCAUGUUCUCAAAUUGUUCUGAGAAUGUUAAGAAACAAUGUUCUUCUUUGUGAAUUUCAGUACUUCCACAGAACAUAUCACACAAGUUCCCAUGUGGAUCUAUUUAAUGUCAUAUUUUUACUACAUUCUGGGAAAGUUCUCAAAAAUGUUGUGACUUAAGUAAUGUUCUCAGAACGUUCAGAGAAGGUAUGAUUGUCUUUUAUGUCAGUUCUUGGCAACAUUCUGGAAAUGUAAAAAAUAAAUAAAUUGAAUUGUAUACAUUAACAUCAAUAAGUUCUAAAUUCCAUUCUCAGAACAUGAAGAAAACGUUCCAUGAAAACCACAAGACAACUCUAGUAAUGUUCAGAGAACGUUCUAAGAAUAUUAUUUAAAAACAUAUUUUCUCAGCAUCAACAAAACUGUCUCUAUCCUCCAUCUUGUUAAGUGUGUUCAGGUGUGUUGGCCACGCCCACUAAUUGGCCACACUGAUCUUAAUGAAUGCUUGUUUCCUUUCAAAUGGGUCUGUUUGAAUAGACUAAAAUGAACAGCUUUAUUUGCAUAAAAAACAUGGCAUGCUAGCUUCAUCCUGGUGGCGCAGUGGACUUAUUCCAUGGAUAGAGAACAAAAUCAAAUCAAAUUGUAUUUGUCACAUACACAUGUUUAGCAGGUGUAGCGAAAUGCUUGUGCUUCUAGCUCCGACAGUGCAGUAAUAUCUAACAAGUAAUAUCUAACAAUUUCACAACAUAUACCUAAUACACACAAAACUAGUAAGGAAUGGAAUUUAAGAAAAUAUACAUAUAUGGACAAGCAAUGACAGAGCGGCAUGGACUAAGAUACAGUAGAAUAUUAUAGAAUAGAAUGCAGUAUAUACAUAUGAGAUGAGUAGUGCAAGAUAUGUAAACAUUAUUAAAGUGACAGUAAACAUUAUUAAAGUGACUAGUGUUCCAUUUCUUAAUGUGGCCAGUGAUUUCAAUAGGCAGCAGCAGCCUCUAAUGUGCUAGUGAUGGCUAUUUAACAGUCAGAUGGCCUUGAGAUAGAAGCUGUUUUUCAUUCAUUCGGUCCCAGCUUUGAUGCACCUGUACUGUCCACGCCUUCUGGAUGAUAGCGGGGUGAACAGGCAGGGGCUCGGGUGGUUGAUGUCCUUGAUGAUCUUUUUGGCCUUCCUGUGACAUCGGGUGCUGUAUGUGUCUUGGAGGGCGGGUAGUUUGCCCCCGAUAAUGCGUUCGGCAGACCGCACCACCCUCUGGAGAGCCCUGCGGUUGCGGGUGGUGCAGUUGCCGUACCAGGUGGUGAUACAGCCAGACAGGAUGCUCUCAAUUGCGCAUCUGUAAAAGUUUGUGAGGGUUUUAGGUGCCAAGCCAAAUUUCUUCAGCCUUCUGAGGUUGAAGAGGCUCUGUUGCGCCUUCUUCACCACACUGUCUGCGUGGGUGGACCAUUUCAGUUUGUCAGUGAUGUGUAUGCCAAGGAACUUGAGGCUUUCCAUCUUCUCCACUGCGGUCCCGUCCUGUUGACGUUGAGUGAGAGGUUAUUUUCCUGGCACCACACUCCCAGAGCCCUCACCUCCUCCCUGUAGGCGGUCUCGUCAUUGUUGGUAAUCAAGCCUACUACUGUUGUGUCGUCUGCAAACUUGAUGAUUGAGUUGGAGGCGUGCUUGGCCACACAGUCAUGGGUGAACAGGGAGUACAGGAAGGGGCUGAGCACGCACCCUUCUGGGGACCCAGUGUUGAGGAUCAACGAAGUGGAGAUGUUGUUUCCUACCUUCACCACCUGGGGGCGGCCCGUCAAGAAGUCCAGGACCCAGUUGCACAGGGCGGGGUUCAGACCCAGGGCCUCGAGCUUGAUGAUGAGCUUGGAGUGUACUAUGGUGUUGAAUGCUGAGCUAUAGUCAAUGAACAGCAUUCUUACAUAGGUAUUCCUCUUGUCCAGAUGAGAUAGGGCAGUGUGCAGUGUGAUGGCGAUUGCAUCGUCUGUUGAUCUAUUGGGGCGGUAAGCAAAUUGAAGUGGGUCUAGGGUGACAGGUAAGGUAGAGGUGAUAUGAUCCUUGACUAGUCUCUCAAAGCACUUCAUUAUGACAGAGGUGAGUGCUACAGGGCGAUAGUCAUUUAGUUCAGUUACCUUUGCUUUCUUGGGUACAGGAACAAUGGUGGCCAUCUUGAAGCAUGUGGGAACAGCAGACUGGGAAAGGGAGAGAUUGAAUAUGUCCAUAAACACACCAGCCAGCUGGGGAUGCCGCUAGGGAUGCCGUCUGGGCCGGCAGCCUUGCGGGGGUUAACAUGCUUCAAUGUCUUAAUCACGUCGGCCACGGAGAAGGAGAGGCCACAGUCCUUGGUAGUGGGCCUCGUCAGUGGCACUGUGUUAUCCUCAAAGCGGGCGAAGAAGGUGUUUAGCUUGUCUGGAAGCGAGACGUCGGUGUCGGCGACGUGGCUAGUUUUCCUUUUGUAGUCCGGGAUUCUCUGUAGACCCUGCCACAUACGUCUCGUGUCUGAGCCGUUGAAUUGCGACUCCACUUUGUCUCUAUACUGAUGUUUUUGCCAGUAUAAUUGCCUUGCGGAGUGAGUAGCUACACUGUUUGUAUUCUGCCAUAUUCCCAGUCAUCUUGCCAUGGUUGAAUGCGGUGGUUCGCGCUUUCAGAUUGGCACGAAUGCUGCCAUCUAUCCACGGUUUCUGGUUAGGGUAGGUUUUAAUAGUCACAGUGGGCACAACAUCACCUAUACACUUUGAGCUCUGUCAGUGUGACCAUCAGGUUCUUGGUCACCUCCCUGACCAAGGCCCUUCUCCCCCGAUUGCGCAGUUUGGCCGCGCGGCCAGCUCUAGGAAGAGUCUGGGUGGUUUCAAAUUUCUUCCAUUUAAGAAUGAUGGAGGCCACUGUGUUCUUGGGGGCCUUCGAUGCUGCAGACAUUUUUUGGUACCCUUCCCCAGACCUGUGCCUCGAAAACAAUCCUGUCUCGAAGCUCUACAGACAAUUCCUUCGACCUCAUGGCUUGGUUUUUGCUCUGACAUGCACUAUCAACUGUCUGACCUUAUAUAGAUAGGUGUGUGCCUUUCCAAAUAAUGUCCAAUCAAUGGAAUUUACCACAGGUGGACUCAAAUCAAGUUGUAGAAACAUCUCAAGGAUCAAUGUAAACAGGAUGCACCUGAGCUCAAUUUUGAGUCUCAUAGCAAAGGGUCUGAAUACUUAUGUAAAUAAGGUAUUUCUGUCAAACCUGUUUUGGCUUUGUCAUUAUGGGGUAUUGUGGGUAGAUUGAUGAGGGAAAUUCUUUAUUUAAUCCAUGUUAGAAUAAGGCUGUAACGUAACAAAAUGUGGUAAAAGUAAAGGGGUCUGAAUACUUUCCGAAUGCACUGUAUAUACGGGUUGAAAAUGGCAGAUUUGGGCACUGAUAAGUUCCUAAAUUGGAACGCAGUGGCUGUACAGUAACAUGCUAUAAAUGACGUCAGAGCUCUGGCUCUGCGCUUCACAGUGCUGUAUGAGUUUUGACUGACAGCCGUUCUGAACUUGAGCACCACGCGCGACAAGAAGUUUCCCCCAUCCCUGCCGCUAAAUGGGCAACUUUUGCAAUGUUUUUGUUGUCUGAGUGAGGGGACAUGCUAUAAAUUAAGAGGACUCAAUGUAUUUUGAAAGAUGAGACGUUGAGGAUUAUAAUAAAUACUUAUUUGAUGUCAUACAAGGAAACCAAACACCCGUGAGUCCAAAUGUGCACUUUAUAAUUCCAUAUCAUAAAACUCAAGUCAUAUACGGUGUCAACGUUUAUCAUGGUCACUAUGUUUGAUGUACAGUUACAAGAUGAUAUGGCGUCAUACUCUGGGUUGUCCUGAACAGAAUGAGCCUAUGUUUGUCUAUUGUGAAGAAAAUUCACCUUGGAACACACACCUGAAUGCACUCAUGACUCCUUUCUAUGUGCACCAAAAUGAUGAUCUGUUUCUGUGAAUUGCCUUGUGAAGCCUAACACUGUAAGAUCGUCUUUUAGAACUUAGAUGUUGACAAUAGAUCAAGCUUUCAAUUGAUGACUCUUCUUUGAGUCAUAAAAGUGCAUUGAAAUUACUUAAGAACUGUGCACACUUUGGAGAGGUGUGUGGCCACUUGGAUAUUUUAUUUUGUCUUAUGUUGCACCUACCCCACAUUUUCCAGGAAUAUUAUUAUCAUGUUACUGAAUGUAUCCAGAGUAUUUUCAGAUUUCGUUAUCAACAAAUGCGGUGAAAAGUACAGUAAAUGUAAAAUAUACAUACAAUCAAUUGUGUAAUGUUCGGAUUCAGUCUUGUGUCAGGUGAACUUUGGUCUAAUAAUUUUCCCAUAAUCUCCAAACUGUUCCCUUUCAAUUGCUACCAUAAUCUCCAAAAUGUUCACUUCUCAGAAAAACUAUCGAUUUUACCGGUCAGGAAAUGUAUGGCUUCGUUCCCACAACCAAUGUGAAACGAAAAACAUACAUUCCCACAUCUUCCAUGGAGCCAAAUGUGCUAGCUGGGGAGAGUGGUGGUAUAGGUAACUAUGUAAUUUGCUGUGUGUGGUCAAGAGAAAGCAAAGCCUGAUUUGCCGUAGCGGCUGGAGUUUCACUCAUGACUAAAUCAAAUAACUGGGGGGGAGGAGCUAUAAAUUGAGGUAUAACCAAUUUCGACCAGGCUCUCCAUAUAAUGAAAACAGGGUCGUUUUUUUAAGCAGUUUAAGUCUGUUCUCCGCUGUAAUUGUUUUCUAGAAGGGGGGAGGCGGAACUGUUAGGUGAGGAAACUGACAGCAAUUUUCUUGGUUUAUGUGCUUCAUUUGAGGAGCCAGAGGGCUUGCUUGAGUGAUAUGCGUUUACCUUCAUUCCAUCCAUUUCUGGAGAGGUUAUUUAGCUGACGUUGACAGGAUUACUGUGUGCUGGCAGAAGCUCUGUGUUAAGGCUUGCCCGAAAGAAGAGAGUGAGCUACUGUUCAACUUGUUUUAAAUAGCUGAAGAAUUAAUGCGCCGUUCAAAAUCAGGCUGGGAAAGAAUUCAUCUGUUUUUCUAAUACACCCUCUCUGUCUGAGAGAAAGGCGGUGGAAGACGGCGUCGGGCGGAAGCGACAAGCAGGGAGAGAGAGGGAGCGAGAGAGAGAGAGAGAGGAGAGAAGAGCGAGAGAGGAGAGAGAGAAAGAGAGAGAGAGAGGAGCGAGAGAGAGAGAGAGGGGAGAGAGAGAGCAGAGAGAGAGAGGUAGAGAGAGCGAGGAGGAGAGAGAGAGAGUGGAGAGAGAGAGAGAGAGAGCAGAGGAGAGGAGGGAGAGAGAAGAGAGAAAGAGAGCGAGAGAGCAGAAGCAGAGAGAGCGACGAAGACGACUAUCAUCUUCUAUCUCUCCACUCUAUCUCUCGAUCUCUCUCUCUAUAUCUCUCUCUCUCUCGCUCUCUAUCUCUCCUUCUCUUCUCUCUCUCUCUCUCUCUCUCUCCUCUCCUUCUCCCUCCUCCCUCCCUCAGGCCACAGCCUCAGAUCCCCAACAGCAACAGCGCUGGCGGCCUCUACCCGGGCGCCAUCACCAUGGCAACGGCCACACCUUCGCCUCACCUGACAUCGGACUGCUCCAGCGCCUCGGCCAGCCCCGAGCCCGCAAUCCCCGUCAUCCAGAGCACGUUCGGCGUGGUCAAGCCCGAGCCGGUUGCCAUGGUGACCGGUGACCACCCGGUCAACGGGGAGGACGAGAUGGACAGGUACGAAGACUUUGAGGUCAAAUCGGAAUACAGCAGCGACCAUGAGACACGGGAGCCUGUCAGUGCCAACUAA